AUGUUUUGCCAGCAGUGCCGCCAGCCGCUCCGGCUUGAUGGCUCCCUCGAAGAUUUAAACCCAGCAGCCUACGGACUUCUUGUUUCUUCCUCUACAUCCCAGGCGCCUUCACAGUCACCGACCAUCACACCUUCAAGAAACGAUGCCCAGGCGCAACCCAGAAAGUCCUUGUAUGACCAAGUGUCGCAAAGUGCCAGCCAGCCGACUUUUAAACGAAACCAAGCCAGCGGUCCCCGCGAUAACUCGAUGUCGUUCAUUUAUCUUACCGAAUCUCAAGUAAAUCAUCCAGGUUCCUUCCAGCCUGAACCUCCCUCAAGUCCGACCCCAGUCCCAGCUCCCCAGCGAUCGAACGCCGCGAGGAACGAUGCAGAGAGCCAAAGCAAGCCAAGAGGAGACGAGAUGAGUAGGAUUAAUCGUCUGUUCGAGGUCCUCUCCUCAAGAUCCGAUAUCGAUCAUCCAAUAUGUGUCGAGUGCACUGAAAUGCUCGUAGACGGCCUCCAGAAGAAAGUAGAAGACGCCACGAAAGAGAGAGAUAUAUACGUUCGGCACCUACGCCAAGUCAUGGCAGAGAAGCCCAAUGCAGCGGACGUAAAAGCACAGCAGGAGGCGCUAGCCAAGGCUGAGAAGGACAAGAACGCUGCUUUACAAGACUUGAAAAAGUUGGAGCAAGAAAAAGAUGCACUGGACGCCGAGAUAGUCGCACUGGAGGAGGAGUCAAGGCAGCUUGAUUUGGAAGAGGACAAGUUCUGGAGGGAACGUAAUGCUUUUGCCGCGGCCAUGGCAGACUUCCAGUCGGAGCGGGAUAGUGUGAACGUCAAGUACAGCCAUGACUCGCAGCUUCUAGACCAGCUACAGCGGUCAAACGUUUACAACGACACAUUCUGUAUAAGUCACGAUGGGAGCUUUGCGACAAUUAACGGGCUGCGGCUGGGCCGACUUUCGAACAAGCCGGUGGACUGGCCCGAGAUCAACGCAGCAUGGGGCCACGCCUUGUUACUGCUCGUAACUGUUGCGGAAAAAUUGAAUUAUGAGUUCCAAGGUCUCCAGCCACAGCCGUUAGGCAGCACAUCGAAGAUUAUUCGGUAUGAAAACAUGAGCCCAUCAUCAAGCAGGAUCGGGUCAAAGAGCUCGCAACCAGCCCCAAAGAAGCACGUUUUAGAGUUAUACAGCUCGGGGGACAUGCCGCUUGGGCUCACAUUCAUGCAUCGCAAGUUUGACAACGCCAUGGUUGCUUUCCUCGAGUUGGUCAAGCAACUAGGCGUCCAUGUGGAAGGGCAAACCGAAGCUACGGGGAAUUCUCUAAGCCUGCCUUACAAGAUUGAGGGGGACAAGAUCGCCGACGUGAGCAUCAAGCUCGGCAUUGCGCAGGAUGACGGGUGGACAAAGGCGUGCAAGCUUACCUUGACUUGCUGCAAGUUCCUUCUUGCACACGCCAGUAACAUGAGCUCAGGCAUACGACGAGCGAGUCGGUGA